AUGGCUAAUAUUGACUACCGCGGAAUCUGCAUUCAUGAAGACAUUGAGCGUCCUUUGAAGGCUGUGAUGUCUAAGGAUCUUAGCACCGCGGUGAAGAUUGAGUUCCAUCUCACUGACGAUGAGAAUUUGUUUGUGAUGUGGUUUGCAGGAGAUGAUGAGGUCUGUGGAGAGUACGUCAACGAAUUUGACAACCACUUGCUACGCGGGCAAUUCAUGACGGCUUUGACGGCUUUGUCUGAGCUUCCUUUCAAGGUUAUUAACCAUGACAUGGAUGAUGUUGCCGAUGACGCCGGUGUUGGUGUCGAUGGUGCUACCGAUGAUGCGUAG